AUGGGUGAAAUUGAGGAGUUGGAGCCACGAAUUCGAUCUCCACCCAUUGAAGAGGAUGCACUCUAUGUGGCUUUAGGAAAAGAUGUGAAGGAGAGUGUGACAGUUCUCAAGUGGGCUUUGAACAAUUCCGGAGGAAGGAAAAUUUACAUCCUUCAUAUUCAUCAACCAGCUCAGAAGAUUCCCAUGGACUCGAUGGCUACAAAUGUUCCAAUUAGACUGCUCGACGAGAAUAAAGUUAGAGCAUAUCAUGAAAAUCAGAGACGAGAGAUGCAAGAGAUUCUGGAACAAUAUGUUCAGAUUUGUCACCGGGCAGGGAAUCAGGCAGAGACACUGCCCAAAGAGGUGGACUCUAUUGAGAAGGGCAUUGUGCAACUCUUAUCUCAGCGUCGUAUUAAGUGGCUUGUCAUGGGAACGGGAUCUUGUAAAUCUGAUCCAAGGGGCAAGGAGACUACUCUUAAGAAGAUUUUCUUCUUCAGAAACGGUACAAGAGAAAUGAUUAUACCCAAGUCUAGGAAAGCAACCUAUGUGCGUCUAAAAGCACCCAGUUUCUGUCGUAUUUCAUUUAUAUGGAAAGGGAAACUUAUACAUACAAGGGAAAGUGAUAUACAUGGAAUUUAUAAAGAUAUAAACUCUGCAUCACCUGAAGCAAGUCCAAAUGCCAAAACUACAGAAUCGUCCUUGCGAUCGCUAUCAGUUACAGAAGGAAAAAAUGAUCGACUAAACCUAUCAGGUUCACCUAACUAUCGUAGAGUCAGGUCUGCCGACCUCGAGAUGAGAAGAUCGAAUUCAGAAGGGAGCACUGAUAUGGAUAGUUCAUCAAGGUUUUGUAUCCUAUGA